UGGUUUUUCCGUGUUUUUUCCUCUCCAGGUGCCAGCAUGUCCACGGAUGGUGGCUUUGGCACGGGGAGCAGCGAUGCCCAGCAGAGCCUGCAGAGCUUCUGGCCACGGGUGAUGGAGGAGAUCCGGAACCUGACCGUGAAAGAUUUCAGGGUUCAGGAGCUGCCCUUGGCUCGGAUUAAGAAAAUCAUGAAGUUGGAUGAAGAUGUGAAGAUGAUCAGUGCAGAGGCCCCUGUGCUGUUUGCAAAAGCCGCUCAGAUUUUCAUCACCGAGCUCACCCUGCGAGCUUGGAUCCACACAGAGGACAACAAACGCAGGACCCUGCAGAGGAACGACAUUGCCAUGGCCAUCACCAAAUUUGAUCAAUUUGAUUUCCUGAUCGAUAUCGUGCCCAGGGAUGAGCUGAAACCUCCAAAAAGGCAGGUGAGAAACAAAAAUUCUGAAUUUUUUUAUUUUUCUCAGCCUGAUAAAAAACCAAAUAACACAGAUUUAAACGUGAG